UGAUGAUUCUGUUUCCAGAUCUUCAACGCACUUAAAAAUCAUGCGAACGCGAUUCUUUAUUUUCUAAACGUUCUUCUCUAUUUAAACUCUUUUUCUCUUCUCUUUUACUUCUCUCUACUUCCUGCGCUCUGCAUCUUCCUCUCUCAACUACCAGCCAACGAUAUUCAAGUGAAAAUGGAAGACGGUCAUAAGUUUCAGGAAGUUUCAAAGCCAAAAUAUGAUUGUCUUUUAUUUGAUCUUGAUGACACCCUUUAUCCUUUGAGUUCUGGAGUGUCGGCACAAAUAUCACAAAAUAUUGAAGAGUAUAUGAUUCAGAAGCUUGGGAUGGAGGCUGCCAAAGUUGCCCAAUUAAACUGUCCAUUAUACAGGAUUUAUGGGACAACGAUGGCUGGUCUAAAGGCAAUUGGUUAUGACUUUAAAUAUGAUGACUUUCAUAGUUUUGUUCAUGGGAGAUUGCCAUAUAAUAAUCUGCUGAAACCAGACCCUGUUCUCAGGGGCAUUUUGCAAAGCCUGCCUGUUAGGAAACUUAUAUUUACAAAUGCAGACACAAACCAUGCAGUUAGAGCGCUUAAAAGCCUUGGUCUGGAGGACUGCUUUGAAAGAAUUAUAAGCUUUGACACUCUGAAUCCCUCCAACAACACCAAUCCUCCUUGUGAGAAAGAUGGCAGUGAAUACGCUGGAAUUUUUGACUUUUGUGAGCACAUUCAGAGGCCUGAAUCUGAUAUGAUUCUUCCAAAGACCCCUGUGGUCUGCAAACCCUUUGAGGAUGCAUUUGAAAAUGCUUUCAAGUUAGCAGAUAUUGAUCCUCAAAGAACAUUGUUCUUUGAUGACAGCGUCCGCAACUUAGUGACAGCCAAACGCUUGGGCCUCCACACAGUCGUGGUGGGUACAUCUGUUCGUUCGAUGGGAGUGGAUCAUGCAUUAGAGAGUAUUCAUAAUAUGAGGGAGGCAUUUCCAGAGCUUUGGGAUUCUGACGAGAAGCAUGAAAUUGUUCAGUACAAGGUUGGAAUUGAAACACCAGUAAAAGCUUAGAGGUCCCCCCUCCCUCCAAUUGGUGGUGUCUUAUACUGUAUUGGCAGCUCUCUGAUCUGAUUAUUAUAAUAUAUGGUCAUUUAAACUCUAAUUUCUGUAUAUUAUAUGUAACCCUUGUUGGUCAUGUGCCACACCUUAUGAUUCUGUUUCUUGCUCAUCUUUAGUUUGAUGGAUUAGUUUCAUUUCAUGUGAUCCUGUCACCCCGUCUGCUAAUUUUCACCCAUUACAGUAUAAGCAUAAAAAUUAAUGUGAUUCAUGCGAUAAUACAUACACACAUGAUCAUAUUAGUUCUUUCAAUGUAACCAUGUAUAAUAGCUUGAAAGCCUUGUGAGUUGUGAGGUA